AUGGCAAGGCUAUUGAUUUCACUUCUUGCUCUAGCUAGUACAGCAUUUGCAGCAUUUGGUCUGACCUACACCGACGAUACCUACAUCCUAGACACUGGUUCCGCCAACACUCUCGUCACAACGAUCGACAAAGCCAGCUGCGAUGUCACGAGCAUCGUCUAUCGUGGCACUGAACUCCAGGGCUCUGGGCCUGGCACGCAUAUUGGCUCAGGUCUGGGAAGCUCAACAGUCACCGCCCAGGUCAUAGAUGACCAAUACAUCAAGGUCACUUGCGCUACCUCCACUCUUACGCACUAUAUUGUAGCAGUGAGUGGAGAGAGCAAUCUUUACAUGGCCACAUACAUCACAGCCGAGCCAGAAGUGGGUGAGCUGCGCUAUAUUGCUCGUCUUAGCAGCUCUGUUCUGCCCUCGGAGUAUCCCUUUGGCGAUGUGUCAACUACUGCUGGCAGCACCGAAACCAUCGAGGGCUCAGACGUGUUCGUUGUGAACGGCGAAACGCGAAGCAAGUUUUACAGCUCGCAGCGAUUUAUCGAUGACCACGUACAUUGCGUCUAUGGCAACGACGUCCAUGCAUGCUUCGUCAAGCCACAGUACGAGACUGCCUCGGGAGGACCGUUCUUCCGCGACAUCAAUUCGAACAACGGAGGCAGCGAGUAUACUUCGCUUACUUUCUACAUGAACUCCGGCCAUGUCCAGACAGAAGAUCGACGCAUGGGCUUGAAUGGUCCCUACGCUUUAACUUUCACUCGAAGUGGAAUUCCAAAAGUCGCAGACCUCGACUUUUCAUUCUUCGGCGACUUGGACAUCAACGGCUAUGUUCCAGAAUCCGGACGUGGCUAUGUCUCAGGAAUAGCAUCGGGAAUCCAAGGAGACUUUCAAAUCGUACUGCAUUGGUAUAAUGCUGACGCUCAAUACUGGGCUUAUGCGUCCAGCGCUGGCUCUUUCACCUCGCCUGCUAUGAAGCCCGGCACUUAUACAAUGAAGCUCUACAGGACUGAGCUUGAGGUUGCUUCGCAGAGUGUAAAUGUUUCGGCCGGGUCGACCACCACGAGUAAUAUCGCAUCUGCCUUGGAAGAGCCAUCAAAAAGAAUUUGGACUAUUGGAACUUGCGAUGGGCAACCAACAGGAUUCCGCAACGCAGAAAAACAACUUCGAAUGCACCCGUCGGAUGCUCGAAUGGGGAAAUGGGCUCCAGGCACAUUUGUAAUCGGUACGUCCGCGGAUACUGAUAUGCCGAUGGCGCUAUUCAAGAGCGUGAACAGCCCCCAAACCAUCACGUUCGAUUCUGACUCCACUGCCGCUGCAACUCUGCGUAUUCGAACGACCUUGGCAUUUGCUUCCGGUAGGCCAUCGGUCACGAUUGGGAGCUUCAGCGAUUCCGCAGCUGCGCCGACCAAGAUCGAUAGUCGCGGUGUCACACGAGGCGCAUACAGAGGCUAUGGCGAGGCAUACGAGUUUAAGAUUCCGGAGGGUACGCUGGUGAGUGGCAGCAAUACGCUGGAAAUUGGUGUCAUCUCGGGAAGCUCUGGCGACAAGUUCCUAUCGCCGAAUUUUAGGCUACUAGACAGUCUAGACUAA